AUGUGGGAGGGCAGCCAGCACAUUUCUGAUAUCACUAGUGUUUUUGCGAGCUGGUCCCGAGAUGCGGCCGCGUCUUGUGGGGUUUUCGAUAAUUUUCCUGGCAGUUCAUUUGUGAUUCAGGCCAAGCCGCUGGUGACUCCGUCUGCCCCACACCGAUUGUGGAAGGGACAUGCCGAAUCCUUCUGGGACCGCAUCGUUGCGUGGUCCAAAAAUUUUCGAGCCUUCCGGAGCAAUCCUUCAAAACAACCGGAGGCUUUCUUAGCUCAAGCUGACACCCAUUGGGCUGAUGUUGGCAACCUGCCCUUUAACCAAUGGCAGGCCCAAGCCCUUGACGUGCUCAACGGUUGUGAGCCGGAUACCGCUUGGGUUGAAGCCACGUCCCGCCAGCAGCGCCAUGCUCGGAAGUUGCAUCUUUCGAACCAAAGUGCGGAUUAUCAGUCUUGGCUUCAGUCUUCCAUGAAAGCUGGAAUGCGGCCCCUCUUCAGAGCACUCAGCAAUCCAGAAGCCAAAGUCGAAAGGCCUUUUCUUGAUUGUCCGUUGGAAUUUCGGCCUUUCCUUAGGCUGGAGUUCUGGAGCAAAUUGUGGAAGGCGCAACCGUCGCCUCUACCGGAGCUCGACUCUCAGCUUCAGCAAGUAGCCCGGGAGCACGCGGCACAGCUACCACCCUUGAGCCUUGAGCAAAUCAAGCAAAGGAUACGCAAGCUCAGCAACAAAGCUGGGGGAGCCGAUGGUUGGAGCUACGCACAGUUCAAAGUUCUGCCGGAUGAGGCGCUAGAAGCUUUACUAAAAAUUUUCCAUCGCAUAGAGUGUGAUGGGAUUUUGCCGGAGCACUGGCUGACAACCUUGAUAACCAUGUUGCCUAAAAAUCUCCUAGUCGAGAGGCCUAUUGCUUUGUGCAGUUCGUCGUACCGAUUGUGGGCGAAACUGAGAUUUUCUGAAGUUGAUCGAUGGCUUGCUUCAUUCAUUCAUAAAGCCCCUUGGGAGCAUGCUGUACCGGGCCAAAGCACACUUGAUGUCAGCAUCAGGCGUCUGCUGCAAGCAGAACUCUCUCGGGCCAGGAAGCUAAGUCGAAUAGUUCUUUUCAUUGAUAUUCAAACAUUCUAUGAAUCAGUAUCACAUGAAUUGGUUGCCCAGCAGGCCCUGCUGCAUAACUUUCCGCCACUGUGUGCCGACACUGCCUUGAAAGUUUACAGAGGGGCCAGAUACAUCAUUUCGGAUAGUGUUGUUUCGCCCAGAUGCUUCGGGGCAUCCGGCCUCAUGGCCGGAUGCCCCUAUGCGCCAGCAAUAGCCAAACUGGCACUGUUCCCGAGCCUUUCUUCAUUGCACAAGUCCAAACUUGCUGACAACAUCACGGCUUGGUUGGACGAUGUCAGUGUAGAUACUGAAGGCGCUCAAGCAGAGAAGACGGCAAAUCGGGCUGUUCAAUCAUACCGCUUGUUGAAGCAUGCCUUGCAGCAGGAUGGACUCCACAUGUCCAUCGCAAAAACGAUUACAGUUGCAAAGGCUCGUCAUGCAAAGGGCCAGGCCAGAGCAGGGCGUAUGCGAUCGCUCAAAGUUCCCUCCUUGUCCCACAAGUGGAGACUGUACAAAGGAGGCAUUUUCGCCUCUGCUGCUUGGGGUCAUCAGGCUCAGGGUAUUUCUCCGAAGCGUUUGAAGUGGCUGCGAGGGUGUGCUGCGCAGCAGUUGCAGCGACACAAGCUUGGCAGCCUUGAUUUGCUUUUCGAUUUGCAUAGCAAGUUUGAGGACCCUCUUAUCACUAUCUUAACACAGCACUUUGCCACGGUUGCUAAGGUUUUUCUUCGAUGGCCGGAAACACUGUGGGGUCAGCUCAAAACUUCUUGGAGCAGCACGUGGAGCCGACUCCAGGCUUCGCCGCACCCGUGGAAAUGUGUUUCUGGGCCGAUGGCGGCUGCGCAAGCCUAUCUCAUGCAACUUGAGAUCGAUGCUCACAGUUUUGAGCUCUGGAGCUGGGAUGGUGAGGAUUUCGCCUGCACUUGGAAGGAACCCGGUUUUAAGGUGUUGAUUGGGCCAGCCACAGGGCCAGAACACGGCGUGAAACCAAACACAAGCGCACCACAAAGUGGCUUCAAGCUUUGUGGCAAGGUGCAGUGCUUCAUAAUCAAAAUGGGGGCACUCAACAAUGCCCGCUAUGCCAUUGCGAUGCUUCAUGGUCGCACGUACUCCUUGAAUGUAAUUACUGGGCCGGGCGCCACCGCGACCCACCUGAACAUUGGGCUGAGCUCAAGCAAAAAUGGCCUUCGAACAGUUUGUGGCAGCGAGGGCUUGUGCCCCAGAAGUGGUGGGCCGGAUAGUGUUGACUCCCGUUUACGUAUCGUUGCCUUUGCUCUGUUGGCUCUAACUAAAGAGGGUGAUGAGCUCACCUGCGUUGCAUCCAUCACAGGUUUUCUUCCAGUCGGCUCGUCGGUUGCAGAAGGCGAAACACAUGCUUUGCGACUCCUUGCUGAUAAUGUCGAUGGCUUUGCAGAUGUCACAUGUGACUGUCAAACGGCCAUUAAGAAAUCCCAAAGACUUGAUAAUCUUGAUUGUCAUUGGGUUCGGUCGCACCAAUCUGUUGAUGCUUUCAAAAAGGAGUUUGGGGCUGACCAGUUGUGGCGCAUGAAGGCCAACACUUUAGCUGAUGAUAAAUGUGGUAAGCUUGCUGCAACCCUUGUUGAUGUCAACUUUAAAAAUGAUGUGCAGGAGUUGGACCGUCUUGCUCAGCAGAUCUCGACUUUUCUUGCUGAACGUGUGGAGCUUUUGUUGACUUCCAAAAAA